UCAUAGACUUCCUGCUUCCGGUUCUGUGGGACAAGUUGAUCGGGGUUGUGUGUGGAAACCGUGGUCUUCUUGAGUGUUUCUUAAACGGCAGGAGCGGCAGAAAAAAGUUACAGUAUAGUGCCUACGGGCUAGGAAUAGUUGCUAAGGUGCCAACCUUUCACUGUCUCCUUUUGAGGUGUUUUGAUUUACAACCCCAACCAGGCAUCUGUCAAAAGUUUCACUUGCUGUCGGCACAGCCGAUCGCUUUCGACGUUGAUACUUACAGCCGGAAGGUCUUCCCGAAAAACUGCCAGAGACUGCUGGCUUCGUUGGUCAAAGUGUGUGGCUUGUGACUAGAAGAGAGUUGGUUUUGUCCUGGAUUGUCCAGCUACGCCUACAUGACACGUCAUGGCAAGAACUGUACAGCAGGAGCUGUCUACACCUACCAUGAAAAGAGAAAAGACACAGCUGCCUCUGGUUAUGGGACACAGAAUGUUCGUUUGAGCAAAGAUGCUGUCAAGGAUUUCGACUGCUGCUGUCUCUCCUUGCAACCCUGCAAGGACCCUGUUGUAACUCCUGAUGGAUACCUCUAUGAAAAAGAAGCUAUCCUGGAGUAUAUCCUACAUCAGAAAAAGGAAAUUGCCCGUCAGAUGAAGGCUUAUGAAAAACAGAAGAAUGAAAAGAAGGCAGAAAUGGCAGAGUUGAGCAAGGCUGCCAAAGAGUCCCAGGUGAAGAGUUUCCUUGACAAAGAGCUGAGCAUAGUGAGCAAACCCCUCAAUCCCUUUGAUCGUCAGCCAGGAGACUCUCAGCCUGGGCCCAGCAGUGGAGAAAAGGCCAAACAGCUACCAAGUUUUUGGAUCCCUUCACUGACACCUGAGGCCAAGACCAAAGCCAUUCCAAAACCAGACAAGUGUGUGUACUGCCCCAUGAGUAGGAAUCCACUGAAGCUGAAAGAUUUGAUCCCAGUGCACUUCACCCCUGUAGAUCCUAGUGUAGAUCGCGUUGGACUAAUCAACCGGCAGGACCGCUAUGUAUGUGCUGUCACACGAGACAUGCUUGGAAACUCGGUCCCUUGUGCUGUGCUGCGUCCAUCAGGCUCAGUUGUGACUCUGGAAUGUGUGGAAAAACUUAUCAAGAAGGACAUGGUUGAUCCAAUGAAUGGGGAGAAGUUGACUGACAAAGACAUCAUAGUUUUACAACGGGGCGGCACAGGAUUUGCAGGGUCAGGUGUGGAGCUGGAAGCCAAGAAAUCUCGGCCUGUGAUGCAAGCUUAAUACAUUCAGGUGGAAAAGAAAGAGAUGAUUCUCUACCUGAUGCGAACUGCCAUCUGCUAGCUUAAAAGAGCUAACAUUGCAUAUAAAGAAAGGCAAAGUAUCCUGUAAUUUUGUAAACCAGGCUUGCUUAAAGGUUUUUGAAAGAAUUGUUAACUUGGGGAUAUGUGUGAUCAAUAGCUUAUUUUUAGGAGUCAAGUUUUUAAUUGUCAAGUUUUCCUAUCUUGGAAAGGAAAAUAGAGGGUGCAGUUUAUACAAUCAAAGGCUCAGUGUAUCUUUUAAAUUGAUUACUAUUAAAAAAGUGACAUGCUCUUC